ACUGAAGUGUUUAUAUCCAGAAAUACCCAGGGUGCGAGCGGUCCUGUUUCAUGAAUCAGAGGAUCAGGCUUGCGGGACAAUUAAGGGAGCUGCCAGCUGAUCAUUUCCCCAGCACGUCGCUAAAAACACUCUAUACAUCCUAUCCACCCUAAAUAGUACUGAAUAUUACACAUAGACUACUAUUUAGGAUGGCUAGUAUGCACGUUUAGAUGCAGGCACCGUCUUGCUCACAUGGAGCGCGAUAAUGCACAGCCGCGCCAAACAGACACGAAGAAUAUAACCAGUUUAACGCCAUCACUUCGAAUUAUUUAUUAAAUUUAGCUCUUAAUAAGAGCUCUGUAGUCUCACCAAUAAUUCACCAAGACCGUUCAAACAUUUUCAUGACAUUUAAUUCGUAAAACGACUCUGAUUCCCGAGCUGGAUCUGAUCGAGGCUAUCUAUCACUGUAACCGGAAAAACUUUUACACUGCGUGGAUCGUUCCGGAAGCCAAAAACCCGGAAGUGUGAAAUUGGCCUAUGGUGUGCUAAAGAGUGAUGGUGAUGGUGAUGGCUUUCAGGUGGAGGUGAUUGGUGAGUGAGUGCAGGUGAGGAACUAAAGGGAUGCUGGGAAAUGGAGUCCGGGGAAGUCACAGCUGAAGUUUGUGGGAAGCUGACCUGGGAGUUUUUUCAGCAUUUGCUAGCAAAGGAGCUGAAAUGGUUCUUUGGCACAGGAUCUCUUUGUUGCUGCUGCUUCUCUUUUCAUCUCUUGUGUUCGCUGCUGGUAACUCCACAGAGGCUGCCUGUGAUCGUCGCUGUCUGGCAAAUGCUCGGGUUUCUAAAGAACUGUUCAGCCCACCACAGAACGACAACUGUACCAUCCUAGUAAACAUCACUUCCAUACAAUAUGAGACAUUGUCUUUCGAUACAAAGGUCAUGGAAAUGACCAGCCGUAUCAAGUUAAACAUGGAAUGGAAAGAUCCUGAUCUUGGAUGGAUGCAAGAGAGAAAUAGAUAUCCAACAAUUAUUUUACCUGUUGAUAAAAUCUGGAUUCCUGGGAUUGUUUUGGACAAUGCAAUAGAAACCACGGUGGAGCCGUACACUAAGGACGUACAGGUGAGGAGGGAUGGAACUGUGAACCAUGCAGUGGUUUUGUUCACGACUGUGAGCUGUGAAAUCAACCUAUUCAACUACCCCUUUGUGAGAGGAGAAUGUCCUGUGGCCAUCAAUGGAUGGAGCCAGAAAUCUUGUGCACUCAAACUCCAGAUCGCAGAUAAUGUGUCUUUGGUUGGCGGUAAUGGAGGAGAAUGGCAGACUACGGACGUGAUUAAAACUGAGGAUUCAUCAGAUCGUGUUUAUCUCCAAGUCCUUCUGUCUAUUAACUUCUUCGGUCCUUUUGUGACCCUGAUCCUGCCCAGUGCACUAAUAAUGCUGGCUGACCUGGUGAGCUUUGCACUGCCAUUUGAAGGAGGAGAACGCAACUCUUUUAAAGUCACCUUGGUCCUGAGCUUCACCAUGUUCCUCCUCAUCCUCAAUGAUCACCUGCCUAAUGGUGGCAAAUGCAGCCCUCUCCUCCACUAUCACUUCAGCUUCUGCCUGGUCUGUCUGGUCCUGAGUAUGCUGAUUUCCAUAGUGCUGACGCGUCUGUCUGUAGAGGACAGCUUCCUGGUGUGUAGACGCUCCGCCAAGGUCCAUCCAUCAAACAACAGCAAAACACAAAAUGACUGCCUGGAUCAGGAGAAAGAUACUGGUGCGAUUACAACAAUGUCUGGUGAUCUGGCUUCAGAGAUGUCUUCACUCCAGAAAAUAGUGAACCUUUUGGAGAACUUCGAUAAAGGAGAAAAGGAGACAGAGCGUAAAGUGGCCUUUGCCUACCGCCUGGACAAAUUCUUCUUUGGCUUUUUUCUAAGCAUCUACAUACUUUAUGUCAUAAUUAUUGUUAGUAUCACCCAAACAGAUAUUUGUAAGGUUAAUAAUCUAGACUUCUGGGAUGAUUCUGACCAUGGAGAUAACAACUAUGACUACUCGUACUCAUACCCAUAGUCACCUUCUUCACUUCACUGUAGUUUCAACAGAGCCUCUUAGAUCUGCUCUGUUUGGUGCAUAUCAACUGUAGCACGCUGUACAAGGUAAUGACUGGAAUAAUAUUAAAUAUAUAUUCAUAUUUAUAAGAUUAUUAACAGAAUUGUAAUUGUCACUGCCCAAUUAAAUCUGUAAUUAGACUUUCUGCAUGCUAGAUGAGGUGCUAUUUUAAUUGUAUUAAACCACUAUAUUCAAGGAUAGAAGCAUUAAUUGUAACAAAUACAAAUAUUGUUUUGAUGACCCCCUCUUCAAACUAUUAUUAAUGUGUCUUAAUCUAAAAUGGCAUGAGGAAAUGGUGUCAUUUGACUUGCUACUGAUACGUCAAUUGCUGUCCGAUUUUUCAAGAAGAGAUCAAUAUAAAAAGCACUGUUUAAAUCCUUUUUGACCACUGCAGAGCACUAUACGAUGACUGUUGCACUUCACUUUAAUUCAGAUGCAUACACUUUUAUUACUAAAUGCUUUUUUACAAUUACAAUAUUUCUUCACCGCACAAAGGAGGAGAAGAAAACCACAUAAACAUUUGAAAUGGUCUGUUAUUAUGGCAGCAAUUAUAUACACUAAAAUAUAAACCAAGCAGAUUUCUGUUUACCUCAUGUAGCCAAAUAAGAGAAUGUAUUAACUUACUUCUGCUAAUUUCCACAUGUUUAAAUGACAUCCUUUAUUUUGAGAUACAACACAAGACAGAAAACCACUAUAGCGUGUCUAUCUUCUUUUCUUUUUUUUUUAAACAGAAGAUAUUUAAAUAAUCAAAUGAUAAAUAAGUUAUUCUUUUCCUAUUAUUAAAUGAAAGCAUAUGACAUUUUAUUUAGAGCAGUCAAUCAUGUGACCACACGAGCAGUGCGUUCCAGGUGUUGUGCUGAAUUUCGACUCCCUGCCACUUAUUACCCCCAUCAUUGAAGUCGCUAUCUGAUUGCCUAAUCCUAACCCCACACCUAAUCCUAAACUUAUCAAUACAGGUUCGAAAGAUCACUAAACUCAGUCCGCCAUGCAUGAGUUUCAUCACUGAGGUGCCAUGCAAAUUUAUUUUUACAGGCAUUUAAAAUUGGCCCACAUUUCCACUUACUUGUGAGCUGUUAUGGCUUAUCGUUCUCUAUCCUACAGUGGUUUCUGGUGGGCUGUGGGAAGUAAUUGUGUAAUUAGCCUAAUUGUGGGUGUAGAAAGCUUCUUUGUUUGAUUUUUCUCUCGCUCUAAAUGAACUCAUUUCAAUAAACUGAGGACAUUUUAUAUAU